AUGUUUCACGACGAGAACCUCCUCGAUGUCUUUGCAGAUCCACCUGUCGUCUGGUCCUGGAUGAAAUUCUUUUCAUCAGAGGAGAAUCUCAGCAUCCUGGCGUACGCGUGCUUGAGCUCGUUCAGUAAAGCCGCCGCCCUGACCUUCCUCGACUCCUUGGGGGGCAUUCGUGAUGAGCAUACGGUGAGACAUACGCGGCGAUUUGGCGUAGCUCUGGCUUCCAUCAUUGUCGACUGUCUCCUUGACGGCGACGACGAACUCAUCGUCAUAACGGCCGAAGAACGAACGUUGUGGGCCUUUCGUUUGGCAGUAAACUCGUUGUCAAACGCCUUCCACUUCCUCCUAAUAUCCAUGACCAUGGUCCUCUUGAACCCAAACCAGUCUUCUUUCCGACGCGAAAAAAAAAUGCUACUACCGCUGCUCUGCGUUCAUAUUCCAUCCUGGAAAAUGGUAGAGAGAACAGUUAUGCUAUUUCGAAUUUAUCUAUCUAUCUAUGUAUCUAUCUAUCUAUCUAUCUCAUUUUAUUCAUAUCUUUUUCUUUCUAUUCAUAUCUAUCUAUCUAUCUAUCUAUCUAUCUAUCUAUCUAUCUAG